CCCCAUUCAACCCACCCAACUCUCUCUCGCCCCCGUCUUCAAUUCAAAUCCGACAAAAUGGGCAAGGACAAGGUCGAAAAGAAGGAGAAGCGCGCUGAGAAGAAGGAGAAGCGUGCCGAGAAGGACGGUAUUCACAAGUCCAAGAAGGACAAGAAGGAAAAGAAGGACAAGACCGCUCUCGCCGAUGCGGUAGAGAAGGAGAUCACUUCUCAGCUCUCGGAGGGUCUGGAGGCUGCUGCUGGUGUCGCCGAUGUUGAGGUCGAUGCCAUGGCUAUCGACCGCCCUGUCGGGGCCGUCGUGCCUUUCGCCAACCCGUUGGUUGAGGACAAGCAGGCCAAGAAGGUGCUCAAGAGCGUGAAGAAGGCUGCCGUCAACAAGUCUCUCAAGCGUGGUGUUAAGGAAGUCGUCAAGGCUCUCCGCAAGUCUCCUGUCCCCGCCGCCAACGCCAAGAUCGAUAUCCCCUCCGGCGUUGUCAUUCUCGCUGCCGAUAUCUCCCCCAUGGACGUUAUCUCUCAUAUCCCCGUUCUGUGCGAGGACCACGGCAUUCCCUACGUCUUUGUCACCUCCCGCGCUGAGCUUGGUGCCUCUGCUGCCACCAAGCGCCCUACCAGUGUUGUCAUGGUGACCCCCAAGUCCGGCAAGAACAAGAAGCUCGAUGAGGGUGCCGAUGGCGAGGACUUCGGCAAGGUCUUUGAGGAGUUGGCCAAGCUCGCCGAGAAGGAGUGCAAGGCUGCUAACGUCUAAAGACGCUGCUUAGCCUGUUCUUGCUUCACGCUUUGCUUUCUUCCCCACUUUCUGAUUACGAGUGGGUUCUCUUAUUGUACAGGGUUUUGUUCUUGUCUGAUAGGACUGUGCAUGUCUCUUUGGGGGUCCGGCCUUUGGGUUUCUUUUUUAUUUCCAUAUUUGCUAUACUGCAGUUCGGCGUUUUCUUGACGGUGUAUGAAAAAAAGGCAGGAAGACUUCCAAUGAGAAAUCACCCCAUGCGUCCAUGCAUGUUUUUAUCAUGCUCCUCGGUAUUCGUUAAUUCUUUGCUUUUCAAUGUCGAGCCAAGUGGGCCUCCAUGUGACUAUUGUGGAUUCGGCAGGGCAGAUAGUACGUGCCUCAAUCUCCGAUUAUUCAGUUCAGCUUGUGAAUUGGGUGGGUCUGAGCCCUGUUCUAUUUCAUAGUGACCAAACAAGGCUUCAGUCACACAGGUUGCCAUACGAAAAUGCAAGGUAACUCGAUACCUGACCGAAGGCCGAGGCCUCUAAAAAUGGUUACACGACGCCCGAGUUAGAGAACCGCUAGCCUGGAGGGUCAUUGCAGCAAUCGCAGGUAGUGUAGUGGCACAACAAGAUAGAAAUUUGCCAAAUG